GCCGGCCGCGAACGUGAUGCAUGCGGGCACCUAACGGCUGCACGCGCGCGGGCCUCAUGGGCACCGUGCUGAGCUUCAGCCCGCGCGAGCGGCGCCCGCCCGCCGCCGCGCCGCCGCCAGACCGCGCCGCGCUCGCAUACUCUUACGAGCGCCUCAACAACGCCAAGAACCGCGAGAACCGAGAGGUGCCGCGCGACGAGCGCCGCGCUACCCUGGACGACGCCGCCAAGAUUAUAUCGGAGAAAACAGCGCUCGAGAAGAACCUCAAGAAGCAUUCGUUAUUUAUAAACGCGCUCUCGUGGAAACGGUUCUCUACGGCGAACAACAACAAGAAGAAACUGGAAUGCAAGAGCAAGAGUGUAGCGACGUUCCGGGCGCCGCUGACGGACAAUGCGCCGCUGGACCGCAACAAGAAUGUGAGCGUGCAGGGCGUGUACCCGCGGCCAGUGCCCGCGCCCGCGCCGCCGCCAGACGUCGCACGGGCCAACGCGCUCAACAACAACGUGGUAUGCUACGACAAGCUGACCAGCUCUGGCCCGCCCGUGGUGGUGCCGCGCAAGACUGUCAUCCAGGCCUCCACCUCGGAGCUCCUCAAGUGCCUGGGCCUGUUCCUGCACACGCGCUGUCACCGCCUCCGCGACUUCCAAGCUGGGGACGCCGUCAUGUGGCUGCGGACUGUGGACCGCUCGCUGCUGCUGCAAGGAUGGCAGGAUGUGGCCUUUAUCAACCCUGCGAACGUGGUGUUCGUGUACAUGCUGGUGCGCGAGCUGGUCGAUGGCGAGAGGAUAGGCCGUCCACAGGAGCUGCAAGCCGUCGUCCUUACCUGCCUCUACCUCUCCUACUCCUACAUGGGCAACGAGAUCUCCUACCCGCUCAAACCAUUCCUAGUCGAAGACUCUAAAGAUAAGUUUUGGGACCGGUGCCUGCUGAUCGUCGACCGACUCUCCUUCAACAUGCUUAGGAUCAACUCGGAGCCCGGCUUCUUCACCGAAGUGUUCACGGAGCUGAAGGCGUGCGGCGCCGCGGUGGAGUCCCCUCCGCCGGCGCCCGCGCACCCCGCGCCCGCCCCCCCGCUCGCCAUCAGCGCCGCCUGACAAACGGAGGUCGCCGUCCUUCGCUUGGCCCUCACUGACCGCCCCAGUCGUGUUUGAUGUCGGCUUCUGACACUCGAAGCUCUUGGUCAAUCGUCUUCGGUUUAACGUUUCGAGUAGCAACACGUUUAUUGAAUCGUCUAGUGUUCAACCAGGUUUGAAGUGAGGAUGCUAAGUAGACUGUCAACAUUUCAAACCAAUUAGUUAAUCUAACCUAAGCUUUACCUACGUUUUUUUAUCACUCCUUCGGCCAUAAGAGAGUUUUCUAUGUGCUUUUGCCUAACGAGGACUUAAUGAGUCAAUACUUACACCGUGUUUUAUUAAAUAUUCAGAGUGCAAUAUAUUCUAGUCACUUGUUAUAUUGUGUUAUGUAGUUAAAGUAAGCAGUAUAAUAUAUAGGAAAUAUUUUUGUCAUCCAUGGUGUGAUUGCUCAAGAAAGUGAGUUAAUUAAAAUAGGUACUAAAAGCUUAAUAAAUAAUUACGAUUGACCAAGACUUAAAAUGUCACUGCAAUAGAUAGAUGAGUGAAAGGAGGAAUACGCGAAUUCUGUGUGCUACCUUCAUAAUUCAUUAGAACUUUGAAUUAACUUCGAAGGGAGAAUGUGAUAUCUAGAGGAAACACUUAAUUUCAAAAACAUUUUAGACAUUUGUAACAUCCAAUAUUAAGCGAUAUUCAUAACUGGGGCGACAGCGUGCUGUCAGGCAUUGUGUGGGGGAGGAUGGCAGGAAGAAAUGGCCAAGUUUUAGAGACGCCGUACACUGGCCAUUUGGGUCGCGGCGAUCGAUAUUUUAACACGCAACCGCGAGAUUAGCGAGAUGUGACUGCUGUCGAAAAGUGUGCGUGUUGGCAAAGUACCAGCACGUCUGGCAACCUCGUGGCAUUGCUGAGGCCUGACGACAGUGUACGAGCGCUCUAACAGCUGCAGUUUAAAAGACUGUUGAUGCGGUGUAUCUGAGAAGCACGCAGUCACAGGUGUACCUACGACUACUCGUCGUAUGUCAGAAUCAACGACAGUUGCCGUCGCGGCCUCUCGCCGCUCGUUCAGACGAAGUGCAACAAUUGUUGUGGUGUUUGAUGUAACCACGUAGUAGUUGAAGCUGCACUCUCUUCUCUGUUCGUAAUCUUUACGUAGGUAAUUGUCAGGUAAUGUUACUUUCUCGUGCCGCCGGACCAAGCGGUGUUUUAGUCCAAUAGAACAGCGGUUAGCUAGUAAGUUAAGAGUUUCGUAAACGUAGUGAAAUGAACGUAUUGCCAUAUAGUUAGAUGAUAUUAGAGAAAUGUCUGGCAGGCGGGAGGAUGCAAUAGUGCGGGAACUCCGUCGUAAUGUAAUCCGGUAAGCCCUUCUAUGAAGUGUACGUAUUAAAUUAAUUGACCGGCUCAAAGCGGGACGACUUGAUUGUUGUGUUGAAGCGAUGAAAUGUAUUAACAAAUAGGUCAAAUUUUGCGAAGGAUUAAGCGUUUUGUACAGUAAAAUCGAAUAAAUAAUACAUCUAAGUCUUAACCGUUAGCAUAGUUUAGACAAAUGGACGGCAGGCUUAUGUCUGGGUGGCACUCGGUUCAGGACUCCAGUAAAGAGACGUUAAUCAGAAACAAAAUGCAUUCAUCAAUGUUGUUCGCGUCAGAAUCGUUUGAUGUUGGAAAGUCAAGGAGGAGGGAGGAUUUUGAGCUUAGUUACUAUUAUAAUGGCAAGUUGUAAUAAUCUGGUAAGAGGAUAAAUGAGUCAUAAGGUUCACAAUGUUGGACAGCCUAAGUAAUCGUUGCAGGUAGGGGUAAGGGCCAGUAUACCGACACAGUCAGUUACCCGAGUGCCGUAGUUAAGAUAAAAUUGUUUAGUCGAGUGAAUGUCUAUGGAUGCUGAGGUGUAAGUAUUUAAUGAUAAUAAUAAAAUAAAAAAAGAAUCUCAUUAUACGUUCCAAUCAUAAAGGUUAGAUAAAAGUAGAUGUCUGUGAUUUAUUGAAUCUUUGCUUUGUUUUAGUGAUAUUUUUUAUUAUUAUUAUUGUUUACCUAAUGUUUUAUUUAAUUGCGAUGAAUUGUUACAAUUAUUUAUUGUCUAUUAUUAUUGCCUAAUAUACCUAGUUACUGCGGAUCCAGUAUAUUUUUACUUUCGAAUAUUUCCUUAAAUUUUAGAAGCACGAUACGACGCCGUCUGUAUAAUAUACAAAGUAAAAUAUGAGAAUGAAACACUAGUAUAUUAAAUAAUUGGAUUAAAAAUGCUUUUUAAGAAUUAAUGAGACAUUUGAAAUAUUAUUUAGUGUUGUACGUUUUCAUUUUAUGUUGUUUCCUAUUUAUGUUAUGCCUAUUACUAAGAUAACUGUAGAAGACAUGUUUCUUUGAAAUUGAUCUCGAUUUAGUGUUGGGUAAGUGUUGGAUCGUCAUGGCUACAUUCCAAUUACUAGUUACGUGUAACUUAAGUCCACAAUGGCUACAACAGCCGGAUACAAUUCAAUAUCGAAUUUCGACGAUCUCUCUUAAGAUAAAGAAUAGCGUAACUUUCGUAUUUUGACGUGUGAAUGUAAUAAAAUAACUCGAAAGGUAUAACGGACAUGUACCUCUUCUAACAUUAUUCAUGUAACUCACGUUUGUUAAUUAAUCUAUUGUAAAUAUACCCAAUUAUUAAAAAAACUUUCGUAUAUAUAA